AUGUCAUGUUACAUUCUCUGCACCUCAGCUGAACCACUGGGAACCACUUUGAUGCUGUUUUCUUCUGCUCCAUUUUACAGUCUCUUCCAGCAUCAAAUCUCGCAGACCUGGAAGCACACAGAAAAUGAAAGUUUGCUAGACUUUGAUGUGCAUCAGUUGUCAGUAUUUGCUUCAGUGACUGAAGAUUCCUUGUCCCUGGCUGGUGACAGCCAGCUCUUCUUGGCCUGCUGUGGUAUGUGUCGACAGAUAAAGGUACCUUGUGCAAAGAUGCCCAAUGCAUUGCCAUUGAUCUUGCUCUUCAUAUUCCCAGUGCUGCUGUCAGGGUCUUGGUUCCCCAAAACUUUACCCUGUGAUGUUAACUCUUCAGAAGGUACUGUGACAGUGGACUGCACGGACCGGCGCCUUACAGAAGUGCCCAGAGGGAUCCCUGGAAACGCUACCAACCUUACCCUGAGCAUUAACCAUAUUCCCCAUAUCUACCCAACAACCUUCAGUCAUCUUGAAAACCUCGAGGAGAUUGACUUCAGAUGCAACUGUGUGCCUGUCAAACUGGGGCCCAAAGAUCAUGUGUGCACCAGCCAACUGAAGAUUGAGAAUAGUAGUUUUGCUGCCCUGACAAGACUGAGGUCCUUGUAUUUGGAUGCAAACCAGCUGGCAGAAAUACCCCGAGGUCUUCCUGCCACUUUAACCGUGCUAAGCCUGGAAGCAAACAGUAUCUUUUCUAUCCAAGAAGCCAGCUUCUCAGAGCUAGGAAACAUAGAGGUAUUGUAUCUUGGACAGAACUGUUACUACCGCAAUCCAUGCAAUGUUUCAUUUGAAAUUGAGAAAACAGCCUUUCUGGGGCUGAAGAAGUUGACAAUACUGUCCCUGAAGGCCAACAACUUAACACAAAUUCCACCCAACUUGUCUUCUACUUUAAGGGAAUUGUAUAUUUACAACAACAUGAUUCAAGAGAUUCAAGAACAGGAUUUAAGUGACCUUCCCAACCUAGAAAUUCUCGACCUAAGUGGCAAUUGCCCACGAUGCUAUAAUGCCCCAUAUCCCUGCAUUCCCUGUCCCAAGAGCUCGAUUCAGAUACAUUCAAAGGCUUUUGACUCCUUGGAAAAUUUAAGAAUUUUGCGGCUUCACAGUAACUCUCUUCAGAGCAUACCCAGCAGCUGGUUUAAAAACAUCAAGAAUCUCAAAGAACUUGACCUCUCCCAAAAUUUCCUCAUGAGGGAGAUUGGAGACGCUCAGUUUUUGACAUUUAUCCCCAGCCUUGUGCAGCUUGAUCUGUCCUUUAACUUUGAACUGAAGGUGUAUUCUCCCUACUUGAAUCUUUCUAAGACAUUUUCUUCCCUCUCUAACCUGGAAAUACUGGGGCUCAAGGGUUAUGUCUUUAAAGAACUGAGAGCACAAGAUCUACAUCCACUGCUCACUCUUAGGAAUCUAACCAUGUUGGAUCUUGGGACUAAUUUUAUUAAAAUUGCAGACCUGACAGUGUUUGAACAAUUCCCAGCUCUUAAGUUCAUUGACCUCUCAGUGAAUAAAAUUUCUCCUUCUUCAGGGGAAAGCAACUUCUAUGGAUUUUGCUCUAACCCUGGCAUUUCAGUAGAGCAGUACAACAGGCAAGUACAACAAGAGAUGCAUUAUUUCAGGUAUGAUUUGUAUGGGAGAAGUUGCCGCUCCAAAGACAAAGAGGCUUCUUCCUACCAACCUUUAGUUAAGGAAGAUUGCCUUAACUAUGGAAAAACUAUGGAUUUAAGUAGAAACAAUGUAUUUUUUGUUAAUCCCUCAGACUUCCAGGGAUUUAGCUCCCUCAAAUGUCUCAACUUGUCAGGUAACGCAAUAAGUCAAACUUUAAAUGGAAGUGAAUUCUCUUACUUGUCUGGAUUGAGAUAUCUGGAUUUUUCUAACAACAGGGUUGAUUUGUUAUACCAAACUGCUUUCAAAGAACUCAAACAUUUAGAAAUUCUAGAUCUGAGCAAUAACAAAUAUUAUUUUCUGGCAGAAGGUGUUUCUCACGUGCUAAGUUUUAUGAAAAACCUUCCCCAUUUGAGGAAGCUGAUGAUGAAUGAGAAUGAAAUUUCUACUACUAUUGAUACAGGAAUAGAAAGUCAAUCUCUUCGAAUUUUAGAAUUCAGAGGAAAUCGCUUAGAUGUUUUAUGGAUGGAUGGCAAUGAAAAAUAUUUUUCCUUCUUUGAGAAUCUAACCAGCCUGGAAGAACUGGAUAUCUCCUUCAACUCACUCAGGUUUUUGCCUCAUGAUGUUUUUGAAAAAAUGCCUCCCAGUCUCAGGGUCCUCAACUUAACAAAUAAUCAGCUGAAGAGUUUCAUCUGGGGAAACCUCCCCUCUCUGAGGAACCUAGUAACUCUGGACCUGAGCAAUAACCUUCUGGCUACUGUUCCCCGGGAACUGUCCAAUUGCACUUCAUCUCUCCAGCAACUGAUGCUCCGAAACAAUCGCAUUCAGCGGUUAACCAAAUAUUUUCUCAGAGGUGCUUUUCAACUGAGGUACUUGGACCUCAGCUCAAACAAGAUUGAAAUAAUUAAGAGAUCUAGCUUCCCUGAAAAUGUCAUUGACAACCUGAAGAUGCUGCUUUUGCAUGGCAAUCCUUUCAAGUGCAACUGUGAGGCUGUGUGGUUUGUCUGGUGGAUCAAUCGGACGCAGGUGACCAUUCCUCUUCUGGCCACAGACGUGACCUGUGCUGGCCCAGGGGCACAUAAGGGAAGGAGCGUGGUUUUCUUGGAUCUGUACACCUGUGAGCUGGACACGUCGUAUUUGAUCCUGUACGCUCUGUCAGCUUCAGCCAUCCUUGGCUUGAUGGUGUUCACAGUGAUGAGCCAUCUCUAUUUCUGGGAUGUGUGGUAUAGCUACCAUUACUGCACUGCCAAGCUGAAGGGCUAUCGGCGCUUGUCUUCACCAGGUGCUUGCUACGAUGCCUUUGUUGCCUAUGACAGUGAAGAUCCAGCUGUCAAUGAGUGGGUGCUGCAAGAACUGGUGGAAAGGCUGGAAAACCAAAAAGCCCGGCAGUUCAAUUUAUGCCUGGAAGGAAGGGACUGGCUGCCAGGACAGCCAGUCUUUGACAACCUUUCCCAGAGCAUUCAGCUGAGCAAAAAGACCAUAUUUGUACUGACCAACAGGUAUAUUAAAAGUGGCCGCUUCAAGACAACAUUUUAUAUGGCUCAUCAGCGGCUUCUAGAUGAAAAAAUGGAUGUCAUUAUCUUGAUAUUUCUUGAGAAGGUUUUGCAGAAGUCCCGCUAUGUGCGUCUGAGGAAGAGGCUGUGUAGAAGUUCAGUUCUGGAAUGGCCAACUAAUCCUCAGUCUCAGCCCUACUUCUGGCAAUGCCUAAAAAAUGCCAUAGCUACUAGCAAUUCUCUGACUUACAACAAGCUUCUCAAAGAAACUGUUUAGCUGUACCCUUUCCCUUAAAUAUUGUUUUGAUACACAUGCACCUUUUUUGGCACUUUUUAGUGCACAGCAAGAAAUUAUUCACUACCCCCUGGAAGUCACUGUUGCAGAAAAUCACCACUUCCAGCUUUUAGUUCACUAUAUGCCUCCAGCACCUCCUAUGGUUGGGUGAAG